AGGACAAAGCAGAAAUUCGUAGCUCUCCUGAUAAACCAAAUUGCACCAGCUCUGAUUCUGAGGAACAUCUGGAGUUCGACCCUUCAGUUCACAGUGAGUUUAAUUCACGGUACACUGUGGGAGAGCUGCUGGGGACAGGAGGCUUCGGCUCAGUCUUCGCUGGAGUCCGUAAGGCAGAUGAACAACCGGUGGCCAUCAAAGUGAUGACCAAAGAUCCCCAUGAUAUAUUCAUCGCCAUCCCCGGAGAGACGCUCAAGCUCCCUCUAGAGGUGGCGUUAAUGAAGAUGGUGUCCAAGCCUCCUUCUUGUGAGAACAUGGUGGAGCUGCUGGAAUGGUUCGAGACGUCUGAUAUCUACAUCUUGGUGCUGGAGCGCCCCGUCCCCUGCAUGGACCUCUAUCGGUUCUGUAAGCUUAACAACCGUCGACUGUCUGAAUCGGUGGCUCGAGAGGUCAUGAGGCAGGUGGUUCAGGCUGCUCAUCACUGCUGUUUACGUGGAGUUCUUCACCGUGACAUCAAGCCUAACAAUAUUCUGAUCAAUCCUGACACGCUUUUGGUGAAACUGAUCGACUUUGGCUGUGGGGAUUUGUUGAUAUAUGAGCCCUACAGGGAGUAUGCAGGCACUGAUGGUUACUAUCCUCCUGAGUGGGUUCUCCAAAGAGAGUAUUUCGGCGUUCCUGCUACUGUCUGGAGUCUGGGUAUAGUCCUUUAUGAACUGGUCCAUGGAGAAUUGCCCUUCAUGAGCGAUGAAGAGCUUACUGAUGGACGACUGUGCUUCCAUUCUGGUGUGUCUGAGGAGUGCUGCGAUCUGAUUCGCCUCUGCCUGGAACAGGACCCUUCUUCUCGGCCAGGUUUCAGUGAAAUCCAGGCCCACAAGUGGUUUAAGAAGGAAAGUCAGGACUCAGUCCAAGGACCUGCGAAUACACCUCCCUCCUGCAGCUGUGAUGGAGAAACAGAUGUUUGCUGCUGGUGUCUUUGGCAUCAUCUCAGGUGGACAGAUAUAAAAGGAUCGCGCUUCUACAGGAUUCUGACCUCAGACGUCACUACAUUCUUAAACGCUACUCGGACAGUCGUACAGUUACGCCUGCAGCGGGCGGAGUCUGGCAUGAACAGAGGCGUGUCUCUGUUUACAUCAUUAACAAUAUUGAAAAACAAUUAAUAAAAAAAAAGU